CUGCUCAGGGUGGCUGGGAGGGUCAGGUUACGUCUAGGAGCGUUGGUGAAGCGCCUGCCGGCGCCAGGCCCUGGGCUAAGCGACCCCUGACAUCCGGGAGCCCGCGUCCAGACCCCGGGGUGCCCGCACGGUGCAGACACACUGCCAGGGGUGGCAGGGACUUGGAGGGGGCGCCGCCGAGAGUCGGGCCGGACGGGCACCGGGCGGGCCAAGCGGAGUGGGCUCCAUAAGGCUGCCCAGACUCUGCCGUCUGGGGCUCCCAAGCUCUGGUCCUCCGCCCUGGGGCUAGCGGAGCCCGAGGCGUCAGAGCGCGCGCACGUCCUCUGCGCGCGCGUGUCCCGGCUGGCUUCCCCGGACGGCGCAGGCGCACGCGGGCCGGCGGGCUUCCCCGGACGGCGCAGGCGCACGCGGUUUGGAACCCCGGGAGAGGAAACGUUCUCUACACGGCGGGCUCUGGGGCUUGGGGCGCUCGCUCUCCCGCCCGCCCCGUGACACGGGACCAUGCCCGAGAAGGAGCUGCCUGGCCCCGAGUCCGCCGCCAAGAGUCGAAUCGGCAGCUACCGGAGGGAAGCGCCGCUGCUCGCUGGUGAGGCCAGGCAGAUCCCAGUUCCGGUGCCGGUGAUCCGCCUUCCCCGGGGUCCAGACGGCACCAGCCGGGGUUUCAGAGCUGCCCGGGGCCGGGACGUUACUGGUUCUGCGGUGGAGGUGGCUGAGCAGGAGGCUCGGGCUGCCCUGCGGGAGCGCUACCUCCGGAGCAUCCUUGCCAUGGUGGGGCAUCCUGUGCAUUUUACACUGCACGAGCGUGUCCAGGUGGACGCCCACUUCGGGGCCACGGACCUCGAUGUGGCCAACUUCCAUGUGUCCCAGCUUCAGACGCCCCUCGGUGUGCAGGGCGAGGCCUUGCUCCGCUGCGCUGACAUCAUCUCCUAUUCUUUCCAGCUGUGAGCUGCCCCUCCCCGCCUCGGGGGAGCCUCCACACUCAAGUCCAGCCUUUGAGGAGGAGAAUCCUGAGGACCAACCAGGGAGGGAGAUGGCGCAUCCUGAGUGCAGGGACUGCAACAUCUCCAUGUCCCAUGGCUCAGAUACUGGUGGGGAAGCAGGGACUGAGAACUGCCUGUGACCCUGAGCCCUCUUCUCCGGCUGGUGCGAGAAGGAGGCCUUGACUGGACUGAGGACUCAGAAGAAUGAGCUAGGCUCCCACCUUCCCAGACCAGCCACAAAUAUUUGGAGUCCUGGGCUCCAGAGAGGGUCCUUUGGGGCGGGGACACUGCCUAAUUUUUGCGGGUCACCAUUUCCCCCAAGGAUGGGAAGGUAGCAGUCCUAUCCAUCCAGUAAUUCAAUAAACCUUUAUUAAGCGCCUGUGUGCCAGGCACUGUUAAACGCUGGUAGAAGGGAAGGAAAGAAAUCAGGGCGGGCUUCCUGGAGGAGAGAGGAUGGGGCAACUGGAGCAGGGAUGAUAGCCCUUUUAGGGCAUGGGAGGAUGUCUUCCGAAGAGCAAGGCUUUUCAGCGCAAUCAGAGGCGCCAGGUGGUUUGGGUGGGGGCGGGAGCGGGGAGCCUGUUGUGGCUUUCCAGAUGCAGAUCUAUGGCUGUUGGUCGGGAAUCGCACGUUCCUCCAGGCCUCCCUUUUUCCUUUUAAUAAA